AUGCAAGUGAAAUGUUGAUUCCUGUGUGCAACGAACGUUUGCCGGUGAGGCUGGAAAUAUGCGUAAUUUCCGCAAAAGCGCUCCCUGUUAUGAACAAGAGCAUUAACUCUACUGAUGCCUUUGUGGAAGUGAGAUUUUUGGAAACUAUUGAUAAAACGGACGUGGUGACAAGUUUAAAUCCAGUAUGGAACAGUGAACAAUUUGUUUUCGACACAGACGAGAGAGAACUGACAGAAGAAUGGUUGCAGUUAAGAGUUAUGGAUCAUGACACUUAUUCUGCCAACGACGCAAUUGGCCGCGUGAACAUUGAUUGCAACAUUUUCAUGGAAAGAAUGAGGAUGGCAAAAACUGAAGUGCUUGAUGAAACGUUUAGUUUCAAAGUUUACGAUACGAUAUAUGGAAAUCGAGGAGAGCUGACAAUCAGUGUUAAAAUGCAUUUGUUAAUGCAAUAUAAUCCGAAAAAUUACGUGCAUAUAAUUUCGACAACUUCAAUUCCGACGGGCUUGCGAAUUUCCGACAUUUUUGGUUUAGUUGACCAUAUUCGUUGUGAGAAAGACCCGGACUACGAAUGGCUUGACAAAAUUCGCACACCUCGCGCUACCAACGAAGCCAGACAAAAUGCGAUUCGCGUCACAAUGAGAGAUUCCAUCAUGGGAAUAGCUCAAAAAGCUUACAAAAUGGGUGGUAAUGCAAUAUUUGGACUUCAAGAGUAUGUAGACAUGGAGGGUUCGGCAUCUGAUCUACUCACAUGCCGGUUGAUUGGAACCUGUGCAAAAAUAGUUCACGAAAGUUGUGUACCACUGCGGUAUGGAAAACCAGCGAAACCAAUUUUUACGAUCGACAAGUUACCCGGAGAAAGGCAAAUCGGAUUAGGAUCGCUGUUAACUUCACGAUCCAUCAAACUUCUAAAUGAGGAUGAAGAUCCCGAAUCCGUACGCCGAAGCUACUGGGUAUCUUUGCGGGCGGAAAUUUUUCAACAAGCCAGAAGUAUUGGGUGCAAUUUGAUUAUUGGAUACACAGAAGCUGUCAACGUGAAUGAAGGAGUUGCUUUGCUCACGUGCACCGGAACUGCUGUGAUGAUGUCUGAUGGAUCGGAAACUUUUGGUAUGAAUUAUGCCGCAAACGACACAAGUGCAAGGAAUAGUCCAGUUGUUGUCAGAGAAUCUGUGGAAAAAGAGAACAAGGAAAGGAAAGCGCUUUUUAAGUUUAAUGGAUCCGAAGGUCGCGAAAAGAGAUCUGAUUCUGCACCGAGGGCAUUCAGAUGCAACCAGUUUCAUAGCCCAAGCCACGAGACAAAGUACCAUUCUCCGAGUAAAGUGCUGCCAUGUUCAUAUUGCAAAAACGGGCUAGUUUCGGAAUUCAUUUUGUCCACCCAACAAUGCCCACCACCGCAAUACUACGCUGGCCCCCGUAACUUCAUUCAAGUGUCUGUGUGCAAGAAAAUAUCGAGCGAUCCGAAUGAAACGGCCGACUACGCGUCAGACAUCGGCAAUGCGUUGCCGUACUCUGACCACGAAUUGAUUGGCAACUUGCUGACUGAGGCGAAAAGUGUUUAUCCAUUGGGCAACGCAAUUUUCGCUCUUGACAUCACAAAUGCAGUAUGCGACGAUUCUCUAGUGUGCAUCAUCACCGGCGUUUUAGUUCGUCUCCUUGUCAUACAGAAAGCUGAUGCAGCCUCCCCUUCAAUCAGUAAUGUGCUCUCGUUCUCCUCUCUCCAACGUCAGCACGACGCGCGUAGGUUCUCGUGGGGAACAGUGAGGGAUGCGAUCCGGUUCAAGCCAACUGUCCAAUCCAACUUGACAUUGAAAAUUCUCAACAUCAAGCAAGGAGUGGACGACAAUAAUUCUUCAUCCGCCAAAAGUCGCCUACGGCUAAACACAAUCGUUGAUAAGGUUCGAAGAAAACAACAUAAGGAAUAUGUAUCCCAUGUGGUGUUUGAACGGCAUAUGAGUCUAUCAAUCGGAAUUCAUGAGAACCAAAGCGCCGGAAAUGCUACUUCGAUUGCUGGAGUUCAUUUGUCGAAUUCACUGUAUCCCCAGUUUGUUAACAAGGAUGUUAUUGAAGGAAUGCUACCGGUUGCAAGAUUUUCUGAUGUUUUUGUCAGGGAAGAUCUGACAACUGCUGUCCGCGACUCUACCACAGUGGACGGUUUUGUGACCAGCGCGCUUGAGGAAAGAAUAACAACAAUCAAGUCAAUAUUAUCUCUCGGAGGAUCGAAUGCCGUCGUCGCUAACAUGCGAAUCUCAUGCCCACAGUUUAAUGUGUCUAAAGAACAUGCUCAUAUCAUUCUUUUAGUUAGUGUUGACUUUUAUACCGUUCCUUAAUUUUAUAUUUAUUGAUUCAUAUCUCUUCCACCUCUCAUGUCAAAGCUUUCUUGAAUCGAUCUCAACAGUUCGGAAAAGAAAACUUUAUAAUUGUUUAACAUCUAGUCAAUAAAUGUUUUAUUAAUCUAAA